CUCCCGCGACGAUAGGAUGGGAUGGGCAGAGGCGAGCCUGUUAUCUCCUCGCCGCGCUUAACCUCUCGCGGCGUUUGAGGGAAGACUCCGCCCCUCCUGGGCACUUGCCCCCUCGCGCCCCCUCCCCUUCCCUCGCCGCCGCCGCCGCCGCUUUUCUCGGGAAGGAGUGACAUGGAGCCGGCCGGGCCAGAUCGCCUUUUCCAGCAUUUAAUUGAACCACUGAAUGACAGAACAGACAAGAAGUUCUACAAUGUUGCUAAACUGGGAGGCACCAAAUACGAUACCCUGCCUUACUCCAUACGGGUACUGUUGGAAGCUGCUGUCCGCAACUGUGAUGGCUUCCUAGUGAAAAAAGAAGAUGCUAUGAACAUUUUGGACUGGAAAGAAAAACAGAACAAUGUUGAAGUGCCCUUCUGUCCUGCCAGAGUCCUUCUCCAAGACUUUACUGGAAUUCCUGCAAUAGUGGAUUUUGCCGCUAUGAGGGAAGCUGUGAAAAAUCUUGGAGGGGAUCCUACAAAAGUCCAUCCUGCCUGCCCAACAGAUCUCACUGUGGACCAUUCUUUGCAGAUUGACUUCAGUAAAUGUGCAAUACAGAACACUCCCAAUCCUGGAGGUGGUGAUCCACAGAAGCCACCACCAAAACUUUCUCCACUUAAAGCUCCUCGGAAGCUACCGUGCAGGGGCCAGUCCAGCUGCAGAGGGCCAUGUGAUGGAGAGUCUGGUCGUAACUCGGGGCCACUUUCUGUGCAGAUUGAGAACACUCCUCCGCUGUGUCCUUUUCAUCUUCAACCAGUGCCUGAGCCGGAAACAGUGUUGAAAAACCAGGAGAUGGAAUUUGGUAGAAAUAGAGAGAGACUUCAGUUUUUCAAGUGGGGUUCCAAAGUUUUCAGGAAUGUCUCAGUAAUUCCUCCUGGAACAGGAAUGGCCCACCAGGUGAACCUGGAGUACUUGUCAAGAGUAGUAUUUGAUGUUAAAGGCUUCCUCUAUCCAGACAGCGUUGUUGGCACCGAUUCCCAUACAACAAUGGUGAACGGCUUGGGAAUCUUGGGAUGGGGUGUGGGUGGAAUUGAAACCGAAGCCGUCAUGCUUGGCUUGCCAGUCGCCCUCACCCUGCCUGAGGUGGUUGGGUGUCAACUGACAGGCUCAGCCAGCCCGCUUGCCACAUCAAUCGAUGUGGUCCUGAGCAUUACAAAGCAACUUAGGCAAGCAGGCGUGUCUGGAAAAUUCGUGGAGUUCUUUGGGCCUGGAGUUUCCCAGCUCUCCAUAGGUGACCGGACCACAAUAGCAAAUAUGUGUCCAGAAUAUGGUGCUAUGCUGAGCUUUUUCCCUAUCGAUAAUGUGACAUUAAAGCACUUAAAACACACUGGCUUUGAUGAGACCAGGCUUAAGUUGAUGGAAACAUAUCUUAAAACUGUGAAACUACUUCGAAGUUAUGAACUUUCCGCAGAAGAACCUGAAUAUUCCCAGGUUAUAUGCAUCAAUCUGGGUUCCAUAGUGCCCUAUGUAAGUGGUCCCAAAAGGGCACAGGACAGAGUGGCUGUUACAAAUAUGAAGAGCGAUUUCCAGGCCUGCUUAAAUGAAAAGGCUGGCUUUAAAGGCUUUCAGAUUCCAGCUGAAAGGCAAAGGGAUGUGGUUCCUGUGGAGUAUGAAGGAAAUGAGUACAAGCUGGCUCACGGAUCAGUCGUCAUUGCUGCAGUAAUUAGCUGUACAAACAACUGCAACCCCUCUGUAAUGCUAGGAGCAGGUCUGUUGGCCAAAAAGGCCAUUGAAGCUGGCCUGACUGUUAAACCGUACAUAAGAACCAGCUUAUCGCCUGGCAGUGGAAUGGUCACGCACUAUCUCACUUCCAGUGGUGUAUUGCCAUACCUCAAUAAACUUGGAUUUGAGGUCGUUGGCUAUGGAUGUUCCACAUGUGUUGGGAAUACUGCUCCUUUGCCAGAAACCAUUCAGAAUGCAAUUGUACAGGGUGACUUGGUUGCUUGUGGAGUUUUGUCUGGAAAUAAAAACUUCGAAGGCCGUCUCUGCAGCUGCAUCUGUGCCAAUUACCUUGCUUCCCCGCCUCUAGUUGUGGCUUAUGCUAUAGCAGGAACUGUGAAUAUUGAUUUCCAGACUGAGCCAUUAGGGGUCAGUCCUGAUGGCAAAAGAAUCUUCUUGCAUGAUAUUUGGCCCACUCGGGAAGAACUUCAGCAAGUGGAAGAAGAAUUCAUAAUAUCAUCCAUGUUUAAAGAGCUGAAGGGGAAAAUGGAGAAAGGAAAUAAGCGGUGGAAUUCUCUAGAAGCGCCUGAAUCAGUCUUAUUUACGUGGGAUUGGAAGUCUACUUACAUCCGAUGUCCUUCCUUUUUUGAUAAGCUUACCAAAGACCCUCUUCCACCCCAGUGUAUUGAAAAUGCGCACGUCUUGUUGUAUUUGGGGGAUUCGGUCACGACAGAUCACAUCUCACCUGCAGGAAGCAUUGCGAGGGGCAGCGCUGCUGCCAGAUACUUAACCAACAAGGGCCUCACGCCCCGUGAAUUCAAUUCCUAUGGUGCUCGGCGGGGAAACGAUGCAGUGAUGACAAGAGGCACCUUUGCAAACAUAAAACUUUUCAAUAAAUUCAUUGGGAAACCUGCUCCUAAAACAGUUCACUUUCCAACUGGACAGACGCUAGAUGUAUUUGAUGCAGCUGAGUUGUAUCGCAAAGAGAAUAUCCCUCUGAUAAUCUUAGCAGGCAAGAAGUAUGGACUGGGGAGCUCGAGAGACUGGGCUGCAAAAGGACCUUUUUUACUGGGGGUGAAAGCAGUUAUUGCUGAAAGCUACGAGAAGAUCCAUAAAAGUCAUUUGAUUGGAAUGGGCAUUGCUCCGCUCCAGUUCCUCCCUGAGGAAAACGCAACGUUUUUGGGCCUGACAGGCAAAGAACAGUUUUCAGUCUCAUUUCCUCAUGAGUUAUCCCCUGGAAUCUCCCUAGAUGUAAAGACAAACACAGGGAAAGUAUUUCAUGUGGUCGCCGCAUUUGACAGUGACAUGGACAUAACGUUAUACAAACAUGGUGGCAUUCUGAACUACAUGGUCCGAAGGCUGUUGUAGAGGCCUGCUCACACCUUGGGGGACACUGCAUCAAUGGGCCAACCCCGCAAAGGCUUGCACAGGCCUCACUCCAUCGAUGGAACUGCGUACAGUCCUGCUGCACUCUGAAAUUUCGUCCAUGGAUGUAAAAGAUUGUGAAUUGUUGUAGUGACUGCAGCAAGAUCCGUCUGGAUUUUAAAAAUAAUACUCGAAUGGUGCUAUUGACAUUGCUUAAAAAAUUGACGUGUGUGUUGUGAAGGAGAGCUGUAAGUAUGGGGAAGGGCGGGAGGGGGUUGUCUUAGACCAUUUUGUAAAUAAAGUGACAUGAAACCUGAAACUGAAUUGUGUUGAAGAUUUUAAGCCAGAAGACUAUCUGUUGUUGGGCCCCACCCCAGUUUUGGCACCUUCAGCUUCCUUAUUGCUGUCUGUUGGUUUGAGGGCAGCACAUGGUUUGGCUUGUUGAGGAUGGGUAGUUUCCUUUUAAUUAAGGUUUCCAUAAAAUCAAAAGCAAACGUCAGCGUGAAGGCCACAAGUUACAAACUUGAAGGGGAUUUGACCUAAAAGUAUAUGCGGUCUGUGGCCUGGUUUGCACAACCAUGGCAUAGCAAGAGCAUGCUUAGCACAUCAUACAGACCAGAUAUAUGUGAGGAGGCUGGGGAGUUGUUUCCUCUGAAGGCAAAACACUGCUAUGGGAGAACUGUGUUUGCAGACAAACAAAAGCAGCACAGGGCGCUGGAAUCUUAACAAAAAACUAGGUGAAUUUUUGACAAGGAGCUCGUACGGAUGUUUACAGGGUUGGCCUCACCUCCUUUGCUGAAACAGCAGCAAUCUCUUUUCCCCAUUUGCCUUUUGGAGUUAGUGGCUGUAGAGAAGCAGUGGCAAAACUAGACUUUAUUUCACCCAGGUCAAAGAUUUAGUUUGGCGGCACAACCCCCCCCCCCAUUUCUGCACACACACACACACACACACACACACACACACACACACACACACACACACAGGCUGAGAGCUUCAAUGGCAUUUCUCUGGAGACUUCACCUGGGGCAAAAAAAAACCAAACAGGCUUGCCCCCCCCCCCCGCUAUGACCCUGAGAGAAGCAACCUGGGCUACCAAUCGCUGAGGAACUGAGCUGCAACAAUAGGUUUCAAUUAAUAAUUUUUAUGAAUUUUCAUUUAUAACAAUCCAGUUAAACCACAUUAAUAAAAUAUCAAAUUAUAAUACGAUUUAAAAAGCCAAUUAUCCAAUACUAAAUUAAACCAUUUUGAAUGACUUCCCGGGUUCUGGAUUUCAGGGAAUGAUGUUCUUAUUUUGUCCUGCUCCAAUACUCUUAGUCCAAAUACAACUGUUCCGAUCUUGAUCCUUUAUUUUAACAGCUACUGAUCUGUUUACUUUCAUUCAUAUUUAACUGUUCCAUAUCCAUUAGUUUUGCAAGGGGAGUUUUUAUCCUGUAAAUUUCUGUGUGAAAUGUUUGUUUUUCGUUCAUCUUUACUCUUCAUGUCGUAAUCCAUCAUCCUCAGCAUUUCCCUUCACUGCGCUUUCUGCACUCAAGGACUGCAAUUCUCACUGCAUCACAUGCCAUUUUGCUUAUCCAAGACAAAGAGAAGUCUGGUGUCUCACUAUAGCCCGGGGCAGAUAUCCAGAAUUAUCUUCUUUGAUCCCUCUCCCAUCCGUUAACAAGCUGGUAUCUCGCCAAAGCCAUGAUAAGUCAGAACCUAAGUCCUCUUGACCAUUCCAUAGAAGGUCAAUGCCACAAAUCAUUGCAAUGUUUUCACACAGUGCAAUUGUUGCAAUUAAUCUGUAAAAAUUAGGAAGUUCUUGUUAAUUCACUCUUGCAUUUUUUCCAAUCAAUUAAUACUUUGGGGGAGGUUUGCCGAAUCAUAAAACAUGUAUAUAAAGAAAGGGUAAAGGCUCCCCUCCCCCUACAUACCAAUCAGGUUACAAUGAAAAUCCUUUCCAGAUCGAGACCUUGGCACUCAGUGGCUGGUUCAUUUAGCAGGUUAUCUUGUCCCCUUAGUCCAGAACACGCCUGUUACUUAGAUCCAAAUCCAUCCUAAGAAACAGAAGAACCUCCGCUCAUAGUGACCGCGUUGGAGAGUUACUGAUAUGUGCAUCAGCGUCCCCUGCCUCCCGCAUUCCAUCAGAACGAGAGGCAGCUAUCAGACAAUCUGCAAGUGAAGCUCACACACACCCCUCAUCCGGGGGGGGGGGGACUUGCAAGGGUAAUUA